AUGGCCAGCACAUGCUCACUGCCCACAAAGACUCUUAUUGGGAAGACCAUAGUAAUGAAGAAAAUUCUCAAACUUCUAGAAGAAGUGGAAGGCAUCUUCAAAUGGAAGACAGAACUCAUACUGGAGAGAAAAGCUAUGAAAGUGUGCAAUGUAAUGAAGUGCUUUCAAGUCACAAUCAUGCUCAGAUAUAUAAAGGAAUUCUUACUGGAGCCUUUGGACUUUAUACUGGUGUUCAAAUGCAUAGAAGAACACGCGCAGGGGAUAAACGCUGUGACUGUAACACACUUGGUAAAGCCUGUGCAUGCAACAGCCAUCUGCAAAGCCAUAAAAGAACAGAUACUAGAGAGAAGCCCUAUGAAUGUAGCCACUGUUGUAAAGCCUUUGCAUAUCAUAGUGAUCUUCUAAGGCAUAAAAGAACACAAAGAACACAUACUGGAGAGAAGCCCUAUAAAUGUAAACAAUGUGGUAAAGCUUUUGCUCUUCAUGGCAACCUUCAAGACCAUGAGAGGACACAUACUGGAGAGAAGCCUUAUGAAUGUAAACAAUGUGGCAAAUCUUUUGCACAGAAUAGGUAUUUACAGCGUCAUAAAAGAACACAUACUGGAGAGAAGCCUUAUGAAUGUAAACAAUGUGGUAAAGCCUUUUCUCUUCACAGCAAUCUUCAAAGACAUGAAAGGACACAUACUGGAGAGAAGCCCUAUGAGUGUAACCACUGUGGUAAAGCCUUUGCAUAUCAAGGAAAUCUUAAGGUUCAUAGAAGAACACAUACUGGAGAGAAACCCUACGCAUGUAACCAAUGUGGUAAAGCCUCUGCAUACCCCAGCCUUCUCCAAAGACAUAAAAAAUCACAUACUGGAGAGAAGUCCUAUGAAUGUAACCAAUGUGGUAAAGCCUUUGCUUGUCACAGCCAUCUUCAAAGCCAUGAGAGGACACAUACUGGAGAGAAACCUUAUGCAUGUAACCACUGUGGGAAAGCAUUUGCAGAAAACACUAAUCUUGAAAAGCAUAAAACAAUUCUACACUGGAAAGACUCUCUAUGUAUGUAACCAAUAUGAUAAAGCCUUUGCUCAUCACCGCUAUCUUCAAAUCCACCGAAAGACACAACAUAGAGGAAAUAGACACUAUGCAUGUACCCAGUGUCAUAAAGUGUUUUCACAUAACAGUACUCUUCCAUGCCAUAAAAGACACGGACUGGAUAGAAGCCCUAUGAAUGUAACCAAUGUUUUAAGCCUUUGCUCAACACAGCCAUCCUCAAAACCGUAA